AUGGAUAUCGUAGGGCUAGUGAAGAAAUCGUAUGCCGAUUACGGCACCAUGUUGAAGGAUUCUUGGUACACCGUCAACACGGAAGACUUAAAUCUAUCGUGGGCAAUCAAAUUGUUGGUAGCUAUUUUGGCAGUGAUAGCCACCAUCUACAUAUGGCGUAGGAAACAUCUCAGAAAGCUAGAAGAAAAAAUGCAGCUGCAGAACCAGUACGCGUCUCACAUGCGGUUCCGCAAAAGGGAUAAAAUGAUGUUUUACGGACGUCGGAUGCUGCGGAAGGUAAAAUCCAUAUCAGGCCAAGCGUACGGUGGCCAGGGUCGUAAGCGAAGAGCCGUGAUGCGUUUCGCCAAGCGGCUUCUGUUGCGAAAGGACGUGACACCGACCCAACUGUUGGUGAUCGAACCGCCGGCCGAAUACCUGGAGGUUGCAUCCGACGGCAACGAUCGUGUACCGCCAGACGCACUUUACAUGCUGCAAUCAAUCCGCAUUUUUGGCCACUUUGAGAAGCCUGUCUUUUUAAAACUGUGCAAACACACGGAGAUUAUUAAUCUGAUCGCGGGCGAAAGCUUGAUUAAGGUCGGCGAUCCGGACGAUAGUGUCUUUAUCGUGCAGACGGGACAGGUGAAUGUGUUCCUAAACAAUCCGGACGGUAGUUCCAUCACGCUGAAGGUGGUACGGCAAGGUGAAUCAGUGACAUCGCUUCUCAGCUUCAUAGAUGUGCUAGUGGGUAAUGCUAGCCAGUAUAAGACGGUCACCGCUCGGGCGAUGGAAAACUCGCAGGUGAUUAGAUUGCCCAUGUUUGCGUUUCAGCAAGUUUUUAGCGAAUGUCCAGAUUUGUUGGUGCGUGUCAUACAGGUGAUAAUGGUGCGUUUGCAGCGUGUUACUAUAACCGCACUGCACAACUAUCUCGGUUUGAGCACGGAAUACAUUCAGUGUUCAUCUCAGCGGAAAAAGAUUCCAAUUGCGCCCCAGACAAAGGGCAGUCCCGGCCACCGGCGUGUGCCUUCCGAUCAGGUACAUCCUGUUCCGCAUUCGCUUGUCGGUGAAAUAAAACCUGACAUGCUGGUAGAUCUGUCCGAAGCACAGCACAACGUUGGUCGACGAACUUCCGCCUUACCGAUCGAACCGAUAGAUCACGCGGUGCUGAAAGCGUGUGCAGUGGAUGGCUUCAUGCAGGAGCUCGAUCUUGCCGAUACGCACAAGCAAACGAUCGAAGACAGCAUACUGAUUAAAGAGGUAUCGCCUGGAACCACUCUUGUCCACCAGGGUGUACUGGAUGAUGUUAUGUUAAUUUUCGUCAUUGCCGGUGGGCUCACGCUCACUCAGUGCCCACAAACUGGCCCGAUUGCGCAAGACUCCAACAAGAUUGCCGGGGAUAAGAUGGACAAUCACACCGUCACCAUAUACCCGGGUGAUGUGGUGGGCGGUUUGGCGGUGCUAACAGGAGAAUGCAGUCUGUACACGAUCCGCGCGAAACACAAUUCUCGUGUGGGAUUGCUCAACAAAGAUGUCAUCUAUAAAAUUAUGCGAGAGCGUCCAGCAGUAGUGCUCGAUAUAGCGAAUAGCGUUGUGAAACGUUUAUCGCCUUUAGUAAGGCAAUGUGACUUUGCACUCGAUUGGAACUUUAUAGAAUCUGGACGAGCGGUGUACCGGCAAGAGGAAACGAGUGAUUCUACCUACAUCGUCCUGAACGGGCGCCUCCGGUCGGUCACAACGCACCCGAACGGCAAAAAGGAAAUUGUGGGCGAAUACGGUAAAGGUGAUCUGAUCGGCAUUAUCGAGAUGAUUACGGAGACGCCUCGUACCACGACGGUAAUGGCCGUGCGUGACUCCGAGCUGGCCAAGCUGCCCGAGGGUCUGUUUAACGCAAUCAAAUUUAAGUACCCGAUCGUGGUGACGCAGCUGAUCAGUCUGCUCAGCCACCGCAUACUUGGCUCGAUGCGUUCGCGUCCGAUCGCCACCAGUUCGUUCACGUCCGUUUCGUUCGAUACGAACCAGCAGAUUCAGCAUCGUUACUCGACGGUGGCGAUCGUGGCUGUGAGUGAUGAUGUGCCAAUGUCACCGUUCACAUACGAACUGUAUCACUCGCUUAGCACGAUCGGUUCGACGGUGCGGCUCACGUCCGAGAUCGUGCGAAAAGCACUAGGCUCAUCGAUCAUGGAACCACCGAACGAGUACCGGCUCACGAGUUGGCUCGGGCAGCAAGAAGACCGUCACAACAUCACGCUCUACCAAUGCGACAACUCGUUCGGUCCGUGGACGCAGCGAUGCCUACGCCAGGCCGAUGUCAUACUGAUCGUUGGCUUUGGUGAUCGGCCCCCGUUGAUGGGCAAACUGGAGAAGGAGAUCGAUCGGUUGGCGAUCCGUACAGCGAAGGAGCUGGUACUGCUGCACCCGGAGGAUGGUAACACUUGUCCCACGAAUACGAUCAGCUGGUUGAAUAUGCGUGCAUGGGUGUCACGGCACCAUCAUAUCCAGUGCCCGAAGCGAAUGUUUACACGUCGCAGUCAAAACAAAAUCGCUGAGCUGUACGAGCGCAUAAUGAAGAACGAACCCUACAUUCAUUGUGAUUUCUCGCGUCUGGCCCGCUGGCUGACCGGUAAUUCCGUUGGCCUCGUACUCGGUGGCGGUGGAGCGCGUGGAGCAGCCCAUGUAGGCAUGCUGAAAGCGAUUCAAGAGGCUGGCAUUCCCAUCGAUAUGGUAGGCGGUGUCAGCAUCGGUGCGUUUAUGGGAGCGCUGUGGUGUAUGGAGAAAAACAUUACAACCAUGACACAAAAAGCCCGUGAAUGGUGUACGAAAAUGACGCAAUGGAGUCGACAGCUGCGUGAUCUCACGUACCCGAUUACGUCCAUGUUUUCUGGGCGCCAUUUCAAUCAAACCAUUCGCGGUACGUUCGGGGACAUUUGCAUCGAGGACCUGUGGAUACCAUACUUCACCCUUACCACCGACAUCUCUGCCAGCUGUGCCCGGGUGCACACACACGGUUCAACAUGGCGUUACGUUCGUUCGUCGAUGUCGCUGAGCGGGUACAUGCCACCGUUAUGCGAUCCAACAGAUGGUCACCUACUGCUGGAUGGUGGGUACGUCAAUAAUCUCCCAGGAGAUCUGUGGCGUUAUGUACGUGCCAGUAUGUCAGUAGCCGGUAUAUUUCCCCCUAUCUGUGAUAGACGCGAUGGCCAUCUGCUGUUAGAUGGUUGCUAUACAAAUAAUGUACCAGCGGAUGUGAUGCGUGCGCAGGGUGCCGCGCAUAUUAUAGCGAUCGAUGUCGGUUCGCAGGACGACACCGAUCUGACUGACUACGGUGACGAUCUGUCCGGCUGGUGGUUGCUUUACAAGCGCUGGAAUCCGUUCACCUCACCGGUAAAGGUGCCGAAUCUGCCCGAUAUACAAUCACGCCUUGCCUACGUAUCGUGCGUGCGUCAGCUCGAAGAGGUAAAGAAGAGCGACUACUGUGAGUACAUUCGACCACCGAUCGAUAAGUAUAAGACGCUUGCGUUCGGCAGCUUCGACGAGAUUAAGAACGUUGGGUACGAGCACGGUAAGGCGUACUUCCAGAGCAUGGCGGAAAAUGGACGCCUGACCCGAUUCAACCAAUGGUCCGUACAUCCGAUACCGAAGAAGGCCACCCAUUCGCUGAACGAAUAUUCCUUCGUCGAUUUGGCACAAAUCGUUUGCAAAGUGCCGGAAACGUAUCCGGAGCGGGGCUACUCGUCGAGCGAGGACGACUAUUACGACGGGUACGCAUCGGAACCGUCGAGCAUGCCGCUGAAGAAGGGCUACAAUAUGCCGCUGAUGCGUUCCGCCGGUUCGCUCUCCCUGUCGGACAACGAUAUGGAUUCGGAUGAGCUCGAAAUACCGAGACCGUUCAAACCGCUGGCGGGCAACCGCAACCUGACCGGCGAGAGAAAGGAAUAG